AUACACAUACAUAGGUUGCUCACAGCAACCCGUGAAUUGCGUCUGCUAUAUUUUUCUCUUAUCGUAUAAUUCAACCCCGAUCGGAAAAGUAAGCGACCGAUUUGGUGGGCAUUACGACCGGAAAAACCUGUAAUAAUGACGACGCACCCAAGACAACAGCCACAACAGGACGUGCAGAUCUCGAUGGGUGGAUCCGGAGGUGGUUCCGGCGAUGGAGUGCCGGAGAGAUUGCCGCCGAUUAGCGUGGAGGGACAGCGCUUCCCGUACUGCAUCGUUUGGACUCCCAUUCCGGUGCUCACCUGGCUGCUGCCCAUGAUCGGUCACAUGGGCAUUUGCACCUCGGCCGGAGUGAUCCGUGACUUUGCCGGUCCCUACUUUGUCUCCGAGGACAACAUGGCCUUUGGGCGACCCACCCGCUAUUUGAGAUUGCAUCCCAAGUACGUGGAGGGCGGCAGCUAUGCCUGGGACGAGGCCGUGUCCAAGGCAUCCGUGCUCUACGGCACCCGCAUCCACAACAUCUUCUGCGACAACUGCCACUCGCAUGUGGCCACCGCGCUCAUAAACAUGCGCUACAAGAACACAACCGUAUGGAACAUGCUCAUCCUCAGCAUGUGGCUCUUCGUCUGCGGACGCUACGUCGGAAUCGGUGGCUUCAUCAAGACCUGGCUGCCGUUUGCCAUUCUCCUGACCAUUUGCAUACUGCUAGGCGUCUACUUUUAGUGGUUAAGACUACGUUUAUUUUAUAUUCGUCAUGUAGUUUCUAAUUAAAUUCAUGUUAAAGUGUGUAGUUAAUUGAAGGAAAUGUAAACCAUUAAAAAGUGGAAUGGCAAAACAGCAUAGUUCAGUGGAUAGUUUGGCAUCAACGCGUUAUCUAUGUAUGUAUGUAUGUAAAUAAGUGCAAUAAAUGAUUUCAUAUCAUAUGGCAGAUAAGAAA